ACGGCACACACUGGCUUGAUCGAUUCAUUGUGCCAUCAGAAAAAAAUGUGCGAGAUGGGUAACCAUCAGGGGGAUGGGUGGGAGUGCUGCUGCUUGAUUUCUGCGUAUUCUCAUCUUCUGUCAAACACUGACAGAGGCAUAACCACUCCUGCUGCGUGUGAAGCUCCAUCUUUAUGCCUUAGUGAUUAGGGAAGCAGUCAUCAAGCUUAUCCAUUUAACCUGCUGGAUUUUUCACACAUAUGCUGUACUGCUUUGGUGUCUCUGAUCCACUUUCACAGAUCAGCAACGGAGCUGCUCAGACGAGGAGAAAGGGCUCCACUCCUCUGAAUGAGAUAUGGAUGUAGACCAAGGGUUCUACCGUCAUGUUGAUGUCCCGGACCAUGUUCACUACAUCAUUGCCUUUUUUGUCUUGGUCAUCGGGACAGUGGGAGUCACAGGGAAUGCCUUAGUCAUGUAUGCUUUUUCCUGCAACAAGAAACUGCGAACACCUCCAAACUUCUUCAUCAUGAACCUCGCUGUCAGUGACUUCCUCAUGGCGAUCACACAGUCACCCAUCUUUUUUAUAAACUGUCUUUACAAAGGGUGGAUCUUUGGAGAAACAGGCUGUAAAAUGUAUGCUUUCUGUGGAGCUUUGUUUGGAAUUUCCUCAAUGAUCAACCUUUUGGCCAUCUCUAUUGACCGCUACAUAGUUAUAACCAAGCCUCUGCAGUCCAUAGCUUGGACUUCUGCAAGGCGCACUUGCUUUAUUAUUGCCCUGGUCUGGCUGUAUUCACUUUUCUGGAGCCUUGCGCCGCUUUUGGGUUGGAGUUCAUAUAUCCCAGAGGGCUUGAUGACCUCAUGUACAUGGGACUACGUGACAGCUACUCCAUCAAACAAAAGUUACACCUUGAUGUUGUGCUGCUUUGUCUUCUUCAUCCCUCUGGGCAUCAUUUCCUACUGUUACCUGUGCAUGUUCCUGGCCAUUCGGCAUACGAGCAGAGAUGUGACACAGUUGGGGUCUCAGGUGAGGAAGUCAACUCUGAUCCAACAGCAGUCCAUCCGGACUGAAUGGAAGCUGGCGAAGAUCGCCUUUGUGGUCAUCAUAGUGUUUGUGCUUUCCUGGUCUCCUUAUGCAUGCGUCACUCUCAUCGCCUGGGCUGGAUAUGCAAGUAUUCUCAAUCCCUAUUCCAAAGCAGUCCCUGCUGUUAUAGCGAAGGCAUCAGCUAUCUACAACCCUUUCAUCUACGCCAUUACACACUCCAAAUACAGGGAAACACUUGCAGAAAAGGUCCCCUGUCUGCACUUUCUGGCGCCUUCUCCCAAGAGGAACUGCAUAUCUAUGUCACACAGCAGGUCGUCUGUAAGGGACUCGAUGCUGAGUCGGCAGUCAUCAGUUUCUACAAAGAAAUUUCAAAGGGUUUCCUCGCUGUCAACUACAGAAACACAGGUUUGGAGUGAUGUUGAACUGGAUCCUAUUGAACAAAUGGACAGUUUAAAGUCCAGUUAUUCCCUUCAAGCCCUGAGUGAAAAUGACUGUAAGUCACUGACUAAAGAGGCCAGGGAAAAAGGAAGUCAAAGCUUGUAGAAGACUAAGAAGACCAACAUUGAUUAAGGGUGACCACAUCACAACCCCUCAAUCUGUCAACAGAGCUAUGCCUUUGCCUUGGGGGGGAAUAAUCUGUUGGAACAAAGUAAAAAAGAAGAAGAACUUGAAGAAGAUGAUGUACAUGAAGACACAGGGGCACCACCAUGACAGACAAAGAAGGAUGCGUUACAAGAACAUAUCCUUUCAGACUUUUUGGACAAUCUAUGCAUUCAUUCCCAGGCUGUAUCUAAAUCAAAGUGAAAGCGGAGGCAGCAUCCACAGGAAACAAACAGAAAGAAAAUGCUGCAUCUUUACAACAUUAGGGGGGUAAAAAAAUAAUUAAUAUUUUAGCAAAAAUUAGUCUAGUAGGACUAACCCUACACAACUAACCUUACAGCAUUUACGCAACCUCGUUUGGAGAUACAAUCACAACAAUGUGGCGUCUACACAACUGAGACGACUUUAAAUCAUGACAAUCCUAAACUCCUUUCAAAAUAAGUCCCACUACGGUCAAGAAUAUAUUGUGCUUUUGGAAAAAAUGUUUUUAAGGUGAGUUUAAUCAGCAGUAAAGGUCGCCACAUUUGUUUAAUUUAGAACUAAAGUUGACUGUCUGCACUUUUUCAUGUUGUAAAUUGAAUUUCUGUCUAUGAAGGUUUAAAGUUAUUGUACUUAUGUUUUACCAGUUAGGAUUUUGCCAACAAGACACCACAGCACAGGCACAUAAGUCACUUAAAUAAUAUUUAUAUCCUAAACUUCAAAAUCCAAAGAUUUAAUGCACACUUGGACUUAAAGAAAAGUAUAAAUAUUUUCAUACUACCACAUGUCACUCUGUUACCAAUUUCUAAUGUGUAUAUUAUCAUCUGGUAUGAUAAGGAGUACACUUUAGAAGUAUCAGCUCUAUCUUUCAGCGUUCUCAGGACCAGAAGUGCAGCACUCAGCAGCAUUCACCAACAGUGUUUAUUUUGAAUAAAUACUCUUUUGCACUGUGUCUGAAAACCUUCUUACAUGGUUGUCAAAAAUGUUCACCAAUAAAUAACUUAUAUGCAUUAAACAAUGCAAAAGCACACUCUCA